AUAAAAACUACAUCUUUCCCCCUAGUCAGCUCUGCUUUUCAAGCCCCUUUUUUGAAAUUUCUAUAAAAAUCGUAAAACGCAGAGCUUCUAAAUGCUAACUAGUAUUGGUAACUUGUAAUUAAGGCCUUUAGAUGAGAUUCCAGGAAUCCAGUCAAGACCUUUUAUUUUUCCUUUAUCCAUUGUUUAGGCCAAAAAAAAUUAUCCGUGAGUUUCUUGGUUUAGGGAAGGAGUCCUCUAGGAAAACGUUGUAGCCAUGAUGGUGUUACGCACUUCUAUAAUUUCGGAUAAGUCACAGGAAACCGAGUUGCUGGAAGGACCCACGCCACGUCAUUCUCUGCUUUCCGGCCGAUAUAAGCAGAGCUUUGCAUAUCUUAGUCUGAGAACACGGAUGCCGGGAAUAAUGCAACAGAUGAUUAUGAGAAUAACGUCGGAAUCGCCCUCUUUGGUGGAACAAUUUGGCGAGGAUGUGAUGAACGAUGUCCGGCACAUCGUGGAUUGCGUGGAUCGUCUGAAGAACGAACUGAAUCGGGAUCGCCAGUUUAUCUUCUUCCAUGGCAAUGAGCCGGACAAGGCCGAGUGGAAUGCCUUUCUCACAGAGCUGCCACGCCCCAAAAAGUCCUUCUUCCGGGCCUGUUGGCUGCACGCCGAGUGCUACCUGUACCGUCGCCUCUACUCCUUCUUCGAGAACAGUCGCUAUUUGAAUGGCUACGACCCGUUCAAUCACCUGAAGAUGGAUGACCUAACGAUCAGUACGAAUGCCAUGAAGUCCUUGGCCAAGGCCACACGCGGAUUGGCCAAGAGCUUCGAUAACUUUAGCAAUCUCCUGCGCAUCGUACUCUGGAGUAAUCACUACGAGAUAACGCUGGGCGCCUACGAGUUCUCGGAGGAGGAGAGCCGAACCGACAUCAAUGUCCUGGCCCAGGUGGCCGAUCUGGACCGGAAUCUCCUGGUGGAUGACUCUACUUACAUAUGGAAUUGCCUGAUAAAGAAGCGGGAAUGUUCUUCGAACAUUGUCGACUUCAUUUGCGACAAUGGUGGCUUUGAGUUCUUCACCGAUAUGCUGUUUUUGGAAUAUCUCAUCGAGAACGACCUGGCCUCCCAAGUGCGUCUGCAUGUCAAGGCCAUUCCCUGGUAUAUAUCGGAUCUUAUGGCUAAGGAUAUUGAAUGGACCAUCAACUACCUGAUCCAGCAGACAGACGCGAUCCUCUCGAGCGUUGGCAGUCGAUGGUUGCAUCUUAUGAAUACAGAAAAAAUCAUCGUGGCUCCCCAGUCUUAUUUCUGGACAGGGCCACAGCCCUACUUUGUGAUGGUGGAGCUGGACCUGGAAUUGUACAAAUUACUCACCAGCAGUAGGCUGGUUAUUUUCAAGGGGGACUUGAACUAUCGGAAGCUACUGGGCGACUUCAUUUGGGACUCGGCCGAAGAGUUCAUCACCUGCCUGCGGGGCUUUCGACCCACAAAUAUCGCCGCCAUUCGCACGGUUAAGUGCGAGGUGAUCUGUGGCCUGCCCGAGGGCAUGUCCGAUACCCUUCUUCGGUCGGAUCCCAUGUGGAUGAUAUCCAGCAACUACGGUCUCAUUCAGUACACUGACUCCCUGAAGUGUGCCUGUGGUUUGCUUUCUGGAACGACCUGCAACAUGACCAAUAAAGACGCACUGCAACCACUCGCCUGUUCCAGUUUCAGCAGAAGGACCACUUUGAAGGAGCAUAUGUAAUCCACCGUCCCAGUCAUCCACCACAGCUGGUGGACCCAAUUGGGAAGUCUCAAUCUGUGGAGCCGGCGGCGUAGAAAACGCCUUGCCAAACAAAUCGAUGCGAAUUUUUUUUCUGGCGAAAAUCCAACGACCAUCGGCCUCGUUACUCCCACCUCGGAUUUCAGUUAACGGCCGCCACCUGCCUUGGCCAUAAAAACACCUGAGGAUCGGACGCGCUUGGCCAAUGGAUGGGUCGCGCAGGCGCAACAAUUUGUCAGGACAAUGAUUCCCAAUUUGAAAAUGGAAAGUCGGCGAAUGAUAAUAAAAAAUAUUAAAAAUGCUUUGCCCGGAAGCUGGUAGUGUGGAUAAGAAAAAUUGUUCAAAUCAAAUAUGUGCUGAUUAAAUUGAUUGUUUCUGUGUAUAA